AUGGACGCGAGCACUGGUGUCGCCACCCACUACCUCCCCAACCCAACGGGUCGCAAUGUUCACGGCCACGGUCCUCCUCAUGCGGUUGCCGACCCGACCUCGAUGAUGGGUCACUUCACGGGCCUCACGAUUGGAGGCAUGGGAAUGCCCAACAACUCGGGCCCGCUUCCUCUGGGACCAGGCCAUUUCAUGGUCGGGUCCGAUGGACAGUUUGUUCUCGCCCCCAUGCCCGCUGCCCAGACCAUGGGCAUGGGCCACUCCCAGGAGAAUCCUUACCACAACUUUGCGCUUCCCGCAGGUGGCUACGGCCCCCCCUACGUCGGCCUGCCCAUGCCUAUCAUGCCCUUCACGCCGGGCCGCGCCAAUGCCAACCACGCCCGCAUUGAGCGUGGCAACUCCGAGGUUCCAGGACUCGAGAACCGCCGCGGCUCUUACUCUACCACGGAGUCCACCCCGGCGACCCCAUUCUACGGCACCGUGUCCCAGCGUGAUGGUGGCCCUCGCGUUGCCAGUCUCGAUCGCUCGGCCUACACGACCCCGUCUCCCCAGCAGAUGGGCCUCGCCACCCUUCACGCCGAACCUGCAAAGUCGGCUGUUUCCACUGUCUCUGACCGCACCAUUGAUGAAAUCCUGAAGAAGGAACCGGCCGUUCCCCGGGCUGUCCCGGCUGUCUUCACCCCUCCGGGACAGAUGAAGAGCCUGGAGCAGAGCCUGGAGAAUCGCAUUCCCGGCAACCGCAACGUCUACAUCCGCGGACUGCACCCGACGACGGAUGACAGACUGCUUUACGAGUUCGCCUCACGAUUCGGGCCCGUCGAGACCUCCAAGGCCAUAAUCGACACCAAUACCGGAGCAUGCAAGGGCUUUGGCUUUGCCAAGUUUUGUGAAUCGCAUGACUCCGAGCUGUGCAUCCGUGGCUUUCAUCGCCUGGGAUAUGAGGUUGGAUUUGCGCGGGAAUCCUUCAACUCGAGACUCAAGGCCGAAGGCGAUGAAGCUUCCACUAAUCUUUACAUCUCCAACUUGCCUAAGAGCUUGACUGAGGUGGAACUGGCCACUAUCUUUCUCGGGUACACCAUUUUGUCCAGCAAGAUUCUCCGUGAUAGCAUGGGGAACAGCCGCGGUGUCGGCUUUGCUCGCUUCGAGUCCCGCGAUGUCUGCGACGAAGUCAUCCACAAAUUCAAUGGCGUCGGCAUUGGGGAGGAGGGCCUCCUCAUUAACAUUCGCUACGCCGACACUCCGGCCCAGAAGGAGCUCAAGCGCGUCACCGCUGAGCGCCGUCAGUUUCGCACCAACGAGUAUAACAUUGGCGCCUACGGUACCCCCCUCGUUGGCAUGAGCCCGACCUUGUAUGGCCAGCAGUCCCAGUGGCGACGCACUCUCCCGGCCUCGCGAAGCAGCGUUUCGACUUCUUCGAAUGACGAUGGCAACGCGACGAGACACUCGGGAACCCGACGUGGAUUGUCCGAGGCGGUCACGAACGCGAGUACGGAUGCGGCUGUUUCUACCCCCAACUCCUCGGAGUGUGACGAGGGCGUUACGAUUCACGCUGAUCCGACCGUCGUCGCCGCCGCUGACGAGAGUGUCCAGACGUCGCCACGAGUGCACGUGGCAGGCAAGAAGGAGACCCAAUGA